AACGUCAUCACGCAGGCUGACCUCCGCCUCCAUCAUGGUCGCGGCAGUAGAUUAGGGUCGUGGGUCGGGCUGGUUGCUGCCUCCGCCUCUGCGGGAUUGUCCGAGGACCCGUCGCUGCCGCUGCGGUCGCCGCCGCCUCCUCUCCCUCCUCCUCCUCCUUCUUCUUCUCCUUCUUCUCUUCCUCCCCCGGAACCAGGGCCAGCAUUUUCAUUUUUGCCAGAGGAAUAAUACCCCUCACUGGAAUUUUGUGGACCUUUUCCAGCCAACCUAAUGGCAUCUUCUGUUGCUGUGCCUGUAGGAUUUCACUAUGAAACAAAAUAUGUUGUUCUCAGUUACCUGGGACUCCUUUCAAGGGAGAAGCCACAAGAACAGGAUCCUUUCUCAGCUCAAGGGGUCCAGCCAUCUACAUCUUCACAACUUCUGGACCAAGAGCUUCUGUUGAAAGUUAAGACUGAAAUUGAAAAAGAGCUGAAGUCUCUGAAUGAAGAAAUUUCUGAAGCUUUCACCAGCACAGGCUUUGACUGCCACACGUCUCCAGUAUUCAGCCCUGUUAACCCAGAGAGCUCAAUAGAAGACUGCUUGGCCCGUCUUGGACAGAAGGUGUCACUGGAACUGAAAGAACACAUGCACGAAGCAUUGCAGACUCUGCUCAGCCAGCCAGUGAGCUAUCAGGCAUAUCGGGAAUGUACACUGGACACUGCAGCUCUUGCCAGCGGAUGGAAUAAGGUUUUGGUGCCUCUGAUUCUACUACAGCAAAUGCUGAUGGAAUUGACAAGACAAGGACAGGAUCAUCUUAGUGCGUUGAUACAGUUUGGUGUGAUGUAUCUGGAGCACUACGCUGCAAAUUAUAUAAUUCAACAAGGCGGAUGGGGCACUGUCUUUAAUCUGGAGUCAGAAGAGGAGGACCCUGGAAUUAUUGCAGAGGACAGCAAUGAUAUUUAUAUCCUAACCAGUGACAAUUCUGCACAGGUCACUCCUCCAGAAUCUCCAACUGUGACCACUUCCUGGCAGUCAGAAAGCUUACCUGUCUCUCUCUCAGCAAGUCAGAGUUGGCAUACAGAAAACUUACCAGUGUCCUUGGGUCCUGAGUCCUGGCAACAGAUAGCUAUGGAUCCUGAAGAGGUUAAGAGUUUGGAUAGUAAUGGUGGUGGUGAAGAAAGAAGUGAGAACAACUCUUCUAAUUCUGAUAUUGUGCAUGUGGAGAAAGAAGAAAUACCAGAGGGAAUAGAAGGGGCAGGGUCAGCUUCCGUGGCACUGCAGAUUCAAGAGGGGAUCCAGGGUGCCCCUGCCUUGUUGCUUCCAGACACCACUGCCACUUCCUUGUUAGAGGUGGAACAGGUCACAGAGACUAUUGCUCUUGAGAAAACCAGCCCUGCCACAUCUUCGUUUGUAGAACUUGAGGAAGAAGAGGUCAGAGCAGCAAAAGAAAAGUCGGUUGGACUGCAGUUCCCCAAAGCUGAUGAAGGGGUACCUACCCCAGAGCUGAAGAAAAUGCUGCCUCAGGAAGGAGAGAUAAAAAUAAGGAAGGAGGGCCUUUCUGAAGACACAUCUCCUGCUGGAGAAGAGAAGCACAUUUUGUUACCAGAGGGCAAAUCUAUCCUGCUGUAUGGUGGUGCUGCUGCUGUUGCCAUGUUGGCAGUAGCAGUUGGAGUGGCUCUGGCACUGAGAAAGAAAUAGCAGAUUGUAUGAAGGGAAGGAAAGCAAAAAGAUGACCACAUUUGGAUUUGGGGUGAAGUUACUGAUAGAUAAAAAAGUCCACAGGUGUCUGUUCAUCCUGUGGAUUCAUACUCUGUAAGCAUGAAACAGAAGGGUUAAUUUAGUGGAAUCUGAAAUGGGAAUUCCUGGGGGCAAAAGAAUUUAGUGGCAGAUUAUUCAAGCAACUGGCCUGUCUGCUGUGUACCCCCUGAAAUUUCUGGUUUUCUUAAGGUACUGGCUGUUGUUGCAGCCACUCCAGUUCAUCCCUUCUCCUCUUCUCUACAUCCUCUGUCCUGUAGCAUGAGGGAGCCCUCCCCUUAUGUUUCAGCUGCCUCUCAGGUACUGCACUGCUCCUUUUCAUCCUCAAGUUUCUUCUAAGUCCCCAUGGGAGAGUGCUUGCUCUAUACAUACCUCUGCUCUUUAGCAGUCAAGUCCCCAAAGCUUUCUACGGCUCUGCCUUGUAAAGAUGCUGCCUUUAGGACUUUUAAAAACCACCCCCAAAUCAGAGAUACCCAGGGUUCCUUACACAGUCAGAGUACAGGGCAAAUCACUGUUGAUCAGAAGGAGAAAUCUUAGUCUUACUUGGAGACUGGUCAGACCAGUUGGCCUGCUCUGGUUCCUUUUUAGAAUCAUCCUGUUCACCUUUCUGGUUGUAUCCCUCAGCGAUGGAAUCAACUCUGUCGUCACUUAUCUGUGACACUGCUUUUCUCAUUUGCUGAUUGUCUUUCCUACUACGUGUCCAAGUUUGCACAGGUCACAAUUCAGUGUGAUGAGGAUUCAGAUAAUAUAGUUUGUGGAGCCAACUGACAACUUGUUAAAUAUAGAAAGUCACUUAUAUUUUGUUGAAGUCAAGCUAGGAACCCGGGGAACCUGUAAAAUUAGAGACUAAGACCUACUCUGAGGUUUUAGUUGGUCCUGGUUAUUCCAAGAUGUUAUCACUGUAACCUUGGUUUUUUCAUGCUGCUUCCUACAAAGUAAAGUGACGUAGGCCAAAAGGAAAUCAAAGCAAUGUUUCCCAGUUAGCCUAGUUAGUUUCCAUUCAAUACAAUCUCUCUCCCAUCUUUUUGGCAGUAUUUCAAAUUCCUUCCCCAAGAGAGGGAUCGAACUAUGUCAUUUCGUGCUUUUAAGGUCAUAGUGUCAUCAUGCAGAUGACACAUACCUGAUGCAAAAACUAUUCACAUGCAUCAGAAAAUGUAAAUUACUUUUUUUGAUCUUGUAAUUUGUAAUAAAAUUAAUUUGAAAAGAUGUCUACUUAAACUGAUCACAUAAACCUUCAUUUUUUAUAUGCA